AUGGGCGGCGGGGGUGUAGCCAGUCCCACGGACAAGAUCGAACAUAUUCAGUUCUCAGACGAGGAGAUCAGAGCCAUUGUCACCGUGGCGAACAAUGCAGGCACUUAUGUCACUUCGCAUGCAUAUACCCCACGAGCUCUCCAGCAAAGUGUACGUGCCACCGCAAGGUUGAUGGCGGAAAAAUAUUGUUUCUUGACCCCAACUCUCGUCACUUAUGCCACCAUGGCCAGGUUUUCAGGAUUUCUGCCUCCAGCCUCAGCCAAGAAGAACGAGAAGGUUCUGCAAGAGGGAUUGCGAGCUACCACUAUUGCAUCCCAAGCAGGUGUUACCAUUCGCUUUGGUACCGACCUUCUUGAGCUAUUGCAUUUCGCCCAGAGUCACGAAUUCGGGCUACGCAGCCAGGUCCAGAGUCCGCUGGACAUCCUUCGAAGUGCAACCAUUAAUCCGGCGUGUAUGCUUGGACAAGAACAAUUCCUGGGCCAAAUCUUCCCGGAUUUGCCGCGGAUAUUCUGA